CAACAUGUUGCUCAACAAUAUCCUCCCCGUCCUCCUCCCCCUCAUCGCCCUCACCAGUGCCCACCCCACCUCCAAAGCCUGCGACUACACCUGCGGCAAAGCCUGCUACGACGAGGCCGCCGUCGCCGACGCGCAAAAGGCCGGCUUCGACCUGCACGAGCAGGGCAAGGCGAUCGGCGACAACGACUACCCGCAUAAGUACAACAACUACGAGGACUUUGACUUCCCCGUUGACCCGACCUACUACGAGUUCCCGAUCCUCAGCUCCGGAGAGGUCUACGAUGGUGGUUCGCCUGGUGCGGACCGUGUGGUGUUCAAUGAGGAUAACAAGUUGGCGGGCCUGAUCACGCACACUGGUGCUAGUGGAAAUGAUUUUGUUGCGUGUACUUAGAUGGAUCAAUAGGUUGAUUAUGGGGACUUCUUGGGCGAGAGAGUUUGUUGAGUAUGACGUUUGAAUGGGUGAGGUUGACUGUUGACCAGUUGGCUGGGGCUCAUGCUCGGGGGGUGGAGUGCAUGUUGGUGGUGUUUGGGGUUUCUUUUGUUUUCUGUUCGAUGUUCCUCUCUAUCUUUUUAUAUUCUUUGCAAGGAUAUAGGAUUCUGAUGCUGUUAUGACAAGUCGUAGUGUUUCUUGAUCCAGGC